AUGUUUGUGAACAUGGUGCUCGGAAUCGUCUACGGCAUCUUCGUGCUGGAGGGGAAUGUGGAGAGGCUUAGUCCAACAUUGCCUAUUGGGUGUGUAUGGCAAGACCACGCGAAGAGCGGCGAUGGACAAGGGAACAAGGCUUUGAGUGUUGUGGGUACAAUUGCUGUCAUUGCUGUCAGCACCAUCAUUUUCGCGCUAGGGACAUGGUAUCUGCACAUGCGGCGUCAGAUCUGGGGCAAUGUGGUGAGGCUCGUCUCGCUACUGGUUCUCAUGGCUAUGGCGAUUGGAGCAGCUGCGAGGGUCAUCAUCAUGUCGCAGGCCUUUGGGGAACCGUCAGUGGACCUGUCAGAUCAAGGGGAAAAGACAUGGAGUUUCGGUCAGGCCCUGACCAUGAUGCUGUUGAUUCUGCCAUUCGUUUCGGCCCUUGAGAUAUUCAGAGGUGACUGUACCCCGAAUACCAUGAUUGAACGAGACUGACAAGCGCGCAGGACAAAUCCAGGUGCCUCACGACCAUCCGGGCGCUGAAACAGAUCAGAUGCCACUAACCGCUGGCGACUCGAAGAAUGACACCAGCUACACGUAUCAGCCCAACCCGUUCUUGAGAUAG